CUCUUCUUAAUCACUAAUACUCCAUCAUCGAAGUGAGAAGCACCGGCGCCAUCUUCACAUUUAACUCCUUCCAGACGACCUCGAAAUAGUUCUCGUCAGAAUUGUGACCACCAGAAGAUUACGCUAGCUCUUUUGAGAAUUUAUCCAUGAUGUCGGCCCAGAAGUCACUCAAGUUUAAGCCUCUUCACGCUACAUUUGCGGCUGAAGUGGAGGGUAUUGAUUUUUCAAAGCCCAUACCAGACUCUGUGAUCGCAGAAGUCCAGGAGGGUAUCGACAAAUAUGGCGUUCUCAUCUUUCGGAAUGCAAACAUGGACAACGAUACCCACGUUUCAUUCACGCGGCGGUUCGGCGAGCUGGAUUCAAUGCCUUUCAUUCGUCGUCGAGGUCGAUUCCCUGAUCAACCGCACAUAUUCGACGUAUCCAACUUGGACGACUCUGGAGAAAUCGUCAAAAACACCGACCGCGUCACCUCCAUGCUGAAAAAGGGCAAUGAACUUUGGCAUGCUGAUAUGCAGUACCAUCCGCGAAGGGACAAAUACUCGCUCCUCCGAGCGGUAGAAAUCCCGCCCAAGGGGUUAGGUGGCGACACUGAGUUUGCCGACUCCCGGACAGCCUAUGAGGAUCUCAGCCAAGAGUGGAAGAACAAACUCAAGAACUUGAUAUGCGACUGUUCUCUGAUCCACAAUCGCCGUUUAGCGGCCCCCGAUCUGUAUAAAGAUGUGGACCCAUACGACUGGUCUAUCUCUCACUUCAAGGCGGUAUAUCCGCACGAGGGUAGCGGACGCAACAACCUGUAUGUUACUAGUUACGUCUACAGGUUCCAGGGUUACUCGGUCGAGGAAAGCCACAAGAUGAGAGAGGAGCUGAUUGCACACGGAUCGCAGCCGAAAUAUGUGUACAAAGUUGCUUGGGAGCAGCCUGGAGACGCAGUCAUGUGGGAUAACACCGCAGUCUGGCAUCGGGCGCUAGACGCGUCGGAGUAUAUAUUCAAGUACCGAAGGGAUAUGCGGCGCACCAACACAUACGACAAUGGGCCGCACGCUUGGGGGGAGAACGAGGUCGGGAAGGACUGGAAGGUGCAACUCCCAAAGGAUCCUCUCGCCCAUGAAAGUCAGCUCAAUCGCCUAGUUGGGUAGAUAUUUGAAGGAUGGUCA